GCUUAAUAAUAUUGGGUCCAUCAUGGGCCCAAUAUAUCAGUUUUAAGUGAGCGUACGGCAUCGUUUCAGUGAAAAAGGCUAUACGUCGUCGUUACAAUGGAUGCUUCUUACUUGCUUAGUUCACAGUAGACCACAGUCACACCAGAGCUAGAGAAGCCAUUAGCCAUGGCGAUGAAUCAUUUGCUUACUUUAGCUAAAUCAAUCGCUUAUACUGGUUCGUACUCAACUCUAAUCUCCGGUCAAUCUUCGACUAUCACCCUGGGGUUUCAUUUCUCUCUUCUCAAUUUUGAUUGAUUUUGAAAUAAACAAGUGUUGUUGUUUACUCCUAACUUAUUUUGUAGGUGGUUUAUUAACAUUUUUGGGUAUUUAAUAAAAUGAGAUUUCACCCAAAAUCCACAGAUACUCUCUUUUAAGCUGGACCCCUCCUCUCUGCAUGCACUAGAGUUAUGUUUAUGUUUACCUGAACACUGUUUGAUUGGAUCAAAGACUGUUGGAUUUUAUGAAAUGAAUGCAGAUUAGAUCAGUACCACAUCAAUGAGGGUAUAGAUGUUUGUAUAUUUGUGUAUACUGUAUAGGUGAGGCACAAUGAAACACACGAUGGAACUGAGAAGAGGACAAAUUGAGCGUUGUCUAACAACAUUUGACAGGUUCGGUGAAGUUAGUUAAUAAAUGACUUGUGUUUCUUCGUAAGCAUCGAAAUCAGAUUCCUUUACCCAAAAAAAUAAGAAAAAAAGAGAUCGAUUGUGUAAGACAUAUCUCUCUCUCUCUCUCUUCUCUCAUAUCUCUUCUUCCUCCUUCCUCGGUUUCAUCGUCCACUGCAUUUCAUCUGUCUCAACAAUGGCGUCAUUGUCGGUACCUUACGCCAAGAUCUGUGCCUCAAACCGGCUGGUCGGAUCUAUUCCUAGAUACCAGUGGCAGCCGCAACCCAAUGGGAUAUCCUUUCUUUCCGAUGUAUCUCAGAACCGUUUGUUUCCUUCGUCUUCUACAGAAUCAAUCUACGAUCUGGAGGUUACGUGCGACAACCAAUGAGGUUGUCUCUAACUCUACCCCAAUGGCUAAUGGUGGUUAUUUGAACGGUAAAGUGAAGACCAAUGUUCCUGAACCCGCCGAGCUCUCUGACUUUAUGGCUAAAGUCUCUGGUCUUCUUAAGCUUGUGGAUUCAAGAGACAUAGUGGAACUUGAACUAAAGCAGCUCGACUGUGAAAUCGUAAUUCGAAAGAAGGAAGCUUUGCAGCAAGCUGCACCACCAGCUCCAGUUUAUCACUCGAUGCCUCCUCCCAUGGCAGGCCUUCCAAUGCCUCCAUCUCAACCAGUGGCUCCUCCUGCUUCUCCUACUCCCUCCUCAGCCCCUGAAACAGCGAAACCAACACCUGCGCCAUCCUCGUCUCAUCCUCCACUCAAGAGCCCUAUGGCUGGUACUUUCUACAGAUCUCCUGGACCCGGUGAACCGCCUUUUGUCAAGGUUGGAGAUAAGGUGCAGAAGGGUCAAGUUGUUUGCAUUAUCGAAGCAAUGAAACUGAUGAACGAGAUUGAGGCUGAGAAAUCAGGAACCAUCACUGAAUUACUAGCUGAAGAUGGAAAACCGGUCAGCGUUGACACGCCUCUGUUUAUCAUCGCACCUUGAUACCAAGAAGCAUCGUUUUAGCUCGUUCAGAACAUCUUCAAACUCUUGGCUUUGUUGCUAUACGGACGUGCUGAAAAUCAUUAAGUAAUUACUUCGGUUUGGUUUCGAUUUUCUAUUUUCUUUUGAAGUGUCACUUUCUUUCGGGAAUUACGUAACGUGUAUGCAUGUCUUUUAGAAUAAAUUUGACAAAGAUACAAGUUACUUAGUGAUGGAUAUGUUUCAACCAUGGUUUGAUCAGGAAAAUGUGUUGUUCGGAUAAUACUAAAUGAAAAAUUCAUUCAGUGAUUCAGUGAUGAAAAAUUCAGAGUCUGAUUACUUUAUAUGAAAGAAACUUGAAAUCAGUGAAAUCGGUAGACCAAACGCAGAUAGUGCAACAAAGAGGCAUUCUCACGUAAGUACAAUUCGGUAAGCAGAAAUGAAGCAAUAAACAGUGACGUCGUUACCUAAAGAGAAACCAUAUAUAAAUAGCAAAAUGAAAUGAAAAGUAAGUGACACCAAGAAAUUGAAGAAAUUGACCAAAAUACCCUAUUCCCUUCCCAAUUCCGGUCUUGUAUGUUUUUCGUCCUAAACAAAAGGGUUCAACCGUGUGUCUUCCUAAUUUUGUAAGAAAUCAUACUGUACACUGGUUAAGAGCCUACAAUAACAGCGUUUUUGAUUUUUCUUUUUCUUUUUCUUUUUGCGCCGCUUUAUGUACAGUAAUCUAUAAAAGGAUGCAAGUGGGAUCUCUCACCUUACCUUCUGUUGCUACUUCUGGUGCUGUAACUUAGUCUCCGAGCAGUCAUACCACCUCCUCCUCCUCCUCUUCCUCCAUUCCAACCCCUGUCAUCAAUCUCGUCAUCAUCCUCCUCUUCAUUGUAGGCCACUGCUUUUUUAGCAGAUCUUGAGCUUUUUCUUGGCGUUGGCCGUUUCCUCUUUACGUUUGUUGAAUAAAUGGUGAAAUCAAGUGUAUCUUCUCUCAUCGCGUUCUUAAACUCCUGAUAUCUCUGAACUAACUCUUGAUAUGUUGAAGGUAAGUCAGUUCGAGUUUCGCCGAGGUCAAAGGCAACAUUUUGUCUGGACAGAGGAUCUCCUGGCUUCAAUGGUUCCGUCGGAGAAUAGGCUUGGCACCGGUCAUCAUUUAAGCUGUAGGUGACUUUUAAAUAUCUUUUGAGCUUCAAAAGAAGUUGUAAAGCUAUAGCUGAUAAGCAAUCAACCUGAAAGAGCACCAAAAGAAAGAAUGGCAUGAUUAGAAAACCCCAUAUGUCAUAACAACGAUGAUCUAAAGAGUGCUCAAUUUGGAUAAACCAUGACAUGUCCAUCUGUCCCAACCAAUCAAAAGAUGCAAGUUUUUAGAUUUUGGAUAUCUAGAAAACCAAAACAAAAUCCUUGAGAAAGGAAAAACCGAACUGAAACAAUUGUAUAUGCCUGAUUAAAAUCAAACCGAC